AUGGCAUCCAUCACUCGCGCAGCACUGAAAGCAAUAAAAUUUUACAAGCACGUGGUUCAAAGUGUAGAAAAAUUCAUUAUUCGAUGCCCUUCCGAAUUGAAGAUUCCAGGGCUCUACGUCAUCGAUGCUGUUGUUCGACAGUCUCAGUCUUUUUAUCAGGAUAAAGAUGUGUAUGGUCCCCGGUUUAUGCGAAAUUUAGUCGCGGUUUUCCUGUCACUCUUACAAUGUGAGGAGAAAGACAAACCGAUGAUUUCGCGUGUUUUGUAUCUCUGGCAGCGUAGUUCCGUGUUUCCACUUCCAAUCAUACAAGCACUUCAAAACGUUCUAAAUGACCCCGAGAACCAGGCUGUCGUUCAGAGUGCAAACAACUUAAUUGCAUCCGCGAUAACACAGGAGGACAACAAAGAUAGGGCACAUGCUUCUUCAGGCCGUGUCCCUGAAAAUAUGAAGGAUACGGGUCCGGAUGGUGGAAUCUGCGCAGGAGUUUCGAACGCCCAAACUCAGCUGCUACAGCUACAGGUCAUGCAACGCAAAAUAGCGGAACAGUCGGCUCUGUUGAAUCAUUCUGGGAUGAUUGACCCCGAAGUGCGCUCCCAACUUCGUACACUCAUGUCCCAGCUAAAUCAGCGGAGAGAGGAAGCAGAAGCCCAGUUGGCACAAGGAAAGGGAGAGGAAGAAUUGAGGUCUGCGACAAGCCCUACAUUCAGUGGUAUUACGCAAAGCCGUCCCCUUUCGCCUUCCUUCUUCAACUUCAUCGCCGAUAUGAUCAUGGAAGACUUACUCCUGGGAGACACAGUGAAAACGGAACAGUCGGCUCUGUUGAAUCAUUCUGGGAUGAUUGACCCCGAAGUGCGCUCCCAACUUCGUACACUCAUGUCCCAGCUAAAUCAGCGGAGAGAGGAAGCAGAAGCCCAGUUGGCACAAGGAAAGGGAGAGGAAGAAUUGAGCGUCAUUGAUCCUAGCUUUUUGGCUCGCCUCCAGGCCAUGGUGGACACACUUGCUCAGACCAGAGCACUACAAGAGCGGCUGAACCAAGGUCGUAUAGAUACACAACAGCAUCAGUCGCUUGUGUCGGGACAUUCAGGUUCAUUUGUUGGUCAAGCUGAAGAAUGUGGUGAUGUCGAGUCCGGUCCGGAUGCUGUAGAGGGCUUUGACGAUGGCGGUCCAAGGCCGGUCGCUGCUUACCGCCAUGGUCUACCAAGUCGCCGUUCUCGUCCACUAGCCGAACCUCCUCUGGACUCGGGCAGUCCACCUGGCAAUGGUUCCGUGGUCUCCAGCGAUUCCUUACCAUCCGAUCGAGCUAUACCAUUCCGAUCUCGUUUGCGAGGUACUCCACAGGAUACGGCAGCCUAUGAAUCUGGCCAGGAAGAUGGGGAAGAGGAAAUUUGGACUCAUCCUCUUCGUCAUCCGCGAAAGAUUCGCAGGAUCGAUGAAAAUGACAGUCAUCUGCUCGCAUAUGCGGGUCAUCCUCUUUCUGGCAGCUUCCAGAACGUCUCUGAGUCCGAAAGUGCUGAUGUCGACGUGCGGCAUUCUCCGGACACUCCUUUUGGUUCUGUCAGACGACAUGCGGGUUCCUCCCACUCGGAUCAGGAUCAAGACUUCUCCAUCUAUUCUAACUUCAAACAUCACGGACAACGACGAAGACGUAUCGGCAUGCCUCCUGUGCUCGCCAAUCACGUCACUAUCUUAUCACAUACUAUCUUCAUUGGACAUCUGCACAAGCAGCUGGCCGAAAGUCGCCUGAAGAAUUUGUGUGUUGAAGUGGCUGGUGGUCAGGUGGUCGAGUGCAAUUUUAUUCCCCCACGUGGCUGUGCAUUUGUCACCUUCUCCACCAGACGCGCCGCGCAUCGAGCGCUAACCCAAAUGGACCAGUCCAAAAUGAACGGUCGACAAAUCAAAGUGGCCUGGGCUCCGAAUCGAGGAGUCAAAAGCAAUGAAACUUACAUGAAAAAUUACUGGGACCCGGUCGAGGGCUGCACUUAUUUACCCGUGGAUGAGAUCACCAAGCUCACCCGACCCAAAUUAGAUCAAAUCUUGGCAGGUCACGGGGAGAUAGAUGAGGAUUCUGUUGCUGAUUCCCGCCUACGUGAUCUGAUUUUAAACAUUUCUGCCUCACAUUCAACCAAUGCGACCGCUUCGCCCAGUACACCAACAGCCGCAUACAUUUAUGGAGCGACUGGAACACUACGAACGUCCAUCCCUGCUACUCCCGCUGCUUUGGUAGCACCUGCCUACUCCAUCGCGGGGCUUGCCCCGAUUCCCGUUGCCAUGGCCUCAACAACUUCAUCCAACUUGCCUGCUGUCAUUCCCCCACCAAUAUCAAUGAUUAUACCUCUUGUACCUGGUCUUCGACAACCGUUAUCUCAGAACCACAGCGCAGGCCGAAGCAUGGCCUCAACAACUUCAUCCAACUUGCCUGCUGUCAUUCCCCCACCAAUAUCAAUGAUUAUACCUCUUGUACCUGCAAUACAGCCUCAACCGCAAAAAAAUCCCCUUUAUUUUGCAAAUCCUGGAUCUGCGACACAACAGGGGGCUAUUGUUCCGCCGCCACCACCGCCACCUCCUCCACCCCCUCCGCCUCCACCCCCACCCCCUCCUUCCUUGCCGCCACCACCACCACCACCCCCACCUCCACCGCCAACUGAGAAAUAUCCUGGGAGUAUACCUCCCGACCAGGAUCUGGCAAAAUUGACGGAUGCACCGACAUCAAAACAACAAAAUUCUGAAAAACAGACACCUGGUUACACAGACAUCCAGGUUUCUCAGUCCAGUCAACCAGAGAACAUAAAUCACCCUCAUGAACAAACAUCGGGAAAGAAUUUUCCGGGCCAAGUGGGAGCUCAAACGCAUGGUGUCCCAACAUCCAUAUUUCAUAAUCACUGUCGACCGUUUUCUCAGCAGGCGUUCAAUAUUUCAGUUCCGACUUCUCGUGCAUCUCAUUGGUUGGGCCCAAGUGUCGUACGUCCUGGCGACGGUUCGGAUGUUGUUAUGCGAGGCAAUAUUGGAGCUGGGAAUUGGGUGCAUCGACCGGGCUUUGUUCCCCGAAGACCUGUUGCUAUGCCACCUACCGAUCCGAGUGGCAUGUUGUCUACACCCCCCUCCUUUCACAUUCGGAUGCCUGAACGCCCUGGUCUAUCGAUCAACCACAAUGUCGUCCAGUCUCAGUUUAACAACGUUCAUCGGCACCCACAACCCCAACCGGGUUCCACUAGAAUGCAACACCCACGUAGCAUGGUUCCCCAAGGUAUGCAGCGACCACAAAUGGACCCCAGUCGUAUGCAUGCUCCAUGGCUCGCCGCAGAUAGACCGUUCCAGCCUGGCUUCAAUGCCUCCAAUCCACACCGGUUCGUUCGACCUAUGAUGAACCGAAACCCUAGUCCUGGUGCCGGUAUGUAUCUUCCCACGCGUUUUCAUACAAGACGUCCUCGCUGA